AUGGAGUCCCCGCUGGUCGCGUCCCAGCCGUCCGAUACUGUCAAGCGCGUAUCUCGAGCUUGUCUACAUUGCCGCCAGCGCAAAUCGCGAUGUGACCUUGACAGCAAUGGUAAUCCAGGGAAGCCGCCGUGUCAGCGUUGCGUCCGGGAACAUCGUGAAUGUGUGCUCGGCGGCUCAAAUCGUGGCGGGCGACGAAUCCGCAAGAACAAAAUUAAGAACUUUACCCCGGCCAUUAAUCAAUCGCCUACUAAAGAUUCCGAGGCAACCCUUAGUCCUAGUGGCUCUGAGGCUCGUCGUGCGCCGUCUGCUUCUUAUUCUGGGCCGGUGGUUUUUCUCCCGCCCAAUCCAUCCGCGGGAACAGCUCCUGUUGAGGAUGAUGCCACAAUUGAUUCAGUACCUAGAAACCCUUCUGAUGCCUGGCAGUGCUUAACAGGUAUUGCCACUCAAAGUACGGCGCCUCCAGAGCAGGUUCAUGUGCGGCAAAAGUCGGGCAGCUUUUCAGCGCACAGUGGUCUGCGCAAUAGUAUCGUGUCGGAUUUCAACGCCCCGAGUACAGGGAUUCGAGCCUAUCGGCUCGUCCAAUCUCGGGCUUUAGAUCCAACGACAGUAUGGCAGCUGGUUACUCGUUACGCAGACAACUUCCAUCCAUAUCUCCCAUUGGUCCCCAGGAAGUACUUUGAACGUUCUGCGCUGGACGAAUUUGCCGCAAAUGAGAAAUACCUUCUGACGGCCAUUGUCACCAUUGCCUCGAAAGAUCUGCUCGAACGACCUGAGAUCCACGAGUGCUGCUCAAAAUAUAUGCUGGAGCUGAUCUCCGGAAUAUCAGCCGGCGCUGACUGUGAUGUGGAUGCUAUUGAAGCUCUUCUUUUGCUGGCCGAGUGGGAGCCCCAUGGACUUCGGUCUCGCAUUGAGCGUGUCGGUCGUGGAGAGGAGGACCGUGCUGCGUGGAUGCAUGUUGGACUGGCCCUGCGCUCGGGCUAUUUUAUUGGGCUGGAUCGCACCUCUUUUCGAGGAGAUCCAUGCGGCGAUCAGGUGACGGAGGCCCGUCGUCGUUUAGCAUGGGCUAGUUGCUAUGUUUCGGAUCGUUUAAUAUCGGUGCGCAUUGGACGUGCCUUUUGGUCUCGGGGUCCGGGUCCGAUGACCGGUCUUGUCAGUCAGGAUUUCCCCUCGCUGCAGCCUGCAAAGGAAGGAGACGAGGAUUAUUCGAAAAUAUUCCAGGCUAUAUUGGAUCUUACACAGCUCUAUGGAAAUGUCCAUGAAGUCUUAUAUUCUGGGAUGCGUACGAGCAACCAGAUGAUGUUGAUGGGAGAUUAUGUGAAAUAUGUGGAUGAUUUUCGUCUUGCCAUUCUAAGGUGGAAAUCUCUUUGGGGGCCUUUAGAUUGUUCACCGGCCAUGCGGGCCACACUGCAACUCUCAUAUGAGUAUCUACGACUUUAUACGACUGCAUUUGCAUUCCAAGCUGCGAUCUCACAGUCUUUGGCUUCAACAAAGACCGAUGCAAUUUCCCAUCGAGAUCAGCUACGAUCUACCUUUAAGAACGUUGCCUCGAUGCAGGACUCGCGUUUCAUCUACGAGUCCGUUGACGCGGCCAAGGCUUAUUUAACUAUUCUUGUGGAUUCAGUAGAUCCAGAAAGACACUUGCAUUUUAUGCCUCUUCGCUUUUAUCUGUAUGGAAUAUAUUCUGCAGUUUUCCUUUACAAGGCUCGCUCCUUUGGAAUGAUGCUUCCAUCCGAAGAAGCGAAAGUCCAGGGUCUAGUCGCGAGAACUACCGAAGUCCUCAAGCAAGCAAGUGCUGGCCCUGAUGACAUUGGAUCGCGCUACUCCCGUCUCCUUGAACUUCUAUGGAAAGCCAAGCCAUCCACUAUGGUAGCUGAGACACCACAAAGCGCCGAGUUUGCAAUGCAAACAUUGUCGAACCCAGUCGCAGACUCCUCCUACAUGGAUUUCAGCCCUGCGAACGAUUUCUCCUGGCUGGAUCUUGAGGCUGUGGGCGACUAUGUUUCGGGUGAUCAAAUAUCCGGUGGCCUUUUGGGGCUGGAUACUUUUCAGAACCCUGAUCCGUAUCAGUCUGGACAAGAUCGACCGCAGACCUGGCAGCCAUCCACUUGGCUAGAUAUGAAUAGUAAUCUCCUGUUCUAA